CUGACAGAUCUUAGCAAAAAACAUUCUCAAUUUAUAAAUUUUUUCAUUGUAUUCAUAGAGCUUUAAGACUAAAAAGAUGAUACGAACAACAGCUGCUGCAUAAAUUUUCGAACUAUAUAUGUUUUAAAAAUCACACUUCAAUGUCUCGCAGGUGGUUUCAUCCAUCUGUUACAGGCGUCGAAGCAGAAAAACUUCUUUUAGAAAAGGGAUUUGAUGGAUCAUUUUUAGCCAGACUAUCGUCCUCUAAUCCUGGUGCAUUUACACUCUCUGUUCGACGGAAUGACGAAGUGACACACAUAAAAAUUCAAAACAACGGGGAUUUUUUUGAUCUAUAUGGCGGUGAAAAGUUUGCUACUCUCUCAGAAUUAGUACAGUUUUAUAUGGAUAACAUUGGCCAGUUGAAAGAGAAAAAUGGUCAAACUAUUGAACUGAAACAGCCUCUAAUAUGUGCUGAGCCAACUUCCGAGAGGUGGUUUCAUGGUAGCAUAUCUGGCAUUGAAGCCGAAAAACUAUUAAUGAGAAGAGGAAAGAAUGGAUCAUUUUUGGUUAGAGAGUCACAAAGCAAGCCUGGAGACUAUGUGUUGACUGUUAGAACAGAGGAAAAAGUCACUCAUGUAAUGAUACGUUUACAGGAUAAUAAAUUUGAUAUAGGAGGAGGAGUAAAAUUCACAAGUUUGAGUGAACUUAUCGAUUAUUAUAAAACAAAUCCCAUGGUAGAAAAAUGUGGCACAAUUGUUCAUCUUAGACAACCAUUUAAUGCUACAAGAAUAACAGCUAUUGAUAUUGAUGCUCGCGUAGAGCAGUUACAGAGGGAAAAUAUAAGCAACUUCUACGGAAAGGGUGGAUUUUGGGAAGAAUUUGAAAGUUUACAACAGCAAGAAUGUCGUCAUAAUUUUGCAAGGAAUGCAGGACAAAAAAUUGAGAAUCGUAACAAAAAUAGAUAUAAAAAUAUUCUACCUUUUGAUCAUACGAGGGUUAAACUUAAGGAUGUUGAUGAAAUAGUGCCAGGAGCCGAAUAUAUAAAUGCGAACUAUAUUCGCCACCUAAUGGAAUACAAUGUUGAUACAUGUGAGGAGGCCACUACAAAUUCGAGUGAGAAAAAGUCUUUUGAAUCAAAUGUUCAGGACACUGUUUUUUCAAACAAAAGUACCGACGGUUUUACUAAAACGUAUAUAGCUACACAAGGCUGUCUACCUUCAACAAUUCAAGAUUUUUGGAACAUGAUUUGGCAGGAGAAUAUUCGAGUUAUUGUAAUGACUACCAAAGAAGUGGAAAGAGGAAAACGGAAAUGUGAAAAAUAUUGGCCAGACUUGAAUGAGCAAGUAACUCAUGGUCAUGCAAUUGUUACAAAUACUUCUGAAUUAACAAUGAUCGAUUACACGCUGAGAGAAUUGAAUUUAAACUGGAGAAAUUUGGGAGAAAAGAAAAUUUACCAUUACCACUUUCAAGUAUGGCCUGAUCAUGGAACACCAGUUAAUCCAGGUGGCGUACUAAAUUUCCUGCAAGAUGUAAAUGCACGACAAAAUGAAAUUAGAAAGUUAGGAAUAAAUCCCCCACUUUGCAUCCAUUGUUCUGCAGGCAUCGGAAGAACUGGAACAUUCAUUGUGAUUGACAUGAUCUUAGAUCACAUUGAUAGGGAAGGUAUGGAUUGUGAAAUAGAUAUACAGCGCACUAUUCAAAUGGUAAGAUCUCAAAGAUCCGGAAUGGUACAAACAGAAGCACAGUAUAAAUUUGUAUAUUUGGCGGUUCAACAUUACAUCCAGACAAAGCUGCGUCGAUUGCAGGCAUCACAAAAAACAGCUUUAGCUGGCAGAGAAUAUACGAACAUUAACUAUGUUAAUAAAUAAAUUAAAAAAAAACACUUUUUCGUUAUUUUAAUCGU